AUAAAAACAACAUCACCAAACAUUCUAAUCUUUUGCAUCCCAUUCAUAUAUUGGAAACAUAACUAUGAGAUCUGCUUGUAAGAGAAAGACUUUUCCAGAUAUGUCAUGAAUACCGUGAAUACGUUUUUGAGAAGAAUUGGAGGAUCUUAGUUGAGAUGGUUCACUUUAGGCAACUUUUAGGACUUAGGCAAACAGGAUAUAUCAACAUCCCUUCAAAGAGUAUAAAGGAACUUUCAAGCAAACAAGUCUAACAUUUUAUACCGGAGAUUCUCAAAAAAGAAAUUAUGAUGACUGAUCCAAACACCUCUUAUCUUAUGGGGACUAUCGAGGACUUCAGUGAAUUCUACAAUGAAGAGUUCAUCAACUAUACAGAAUACCCGAAUUAUACAUUUGUUGUGGAUGAGAAAACGCUGCUCUGCUCCUCCAUCAAUAUGGGUGAUGCCAUCAACAUUACAUUCUGUGUCUUCUACAUUCUCAUCUUUCUGAUGGCUAUUCCUGGGAAUCUGAUCGUAGGCUGGAUCAUCGGCACUAAUAGAAACUUGCUUUCUUCUUCAGAUGUAUACCUAUUCAAUCUGAUGCUAGCCGACACGUUACUGGCUCUUAUUCUGCCCUUUUCUGCGGUUUCCGUGAUCCAAGGUUGGGAGUUUGGUGAUUUUUUUUGCAAGUUAGUUAGUCUGGUGAAGGAAGUGAACUUCUACACCAGCAUCUUGUUUUUGGUGUGCAUCAGCGUGGACCGCUACUUGGUCAUCGUACGGGCUACGGAGUCCAGGAAGGCUCAGAGGAAACUGUGCAGUGGGGUCACCUGUGGAUUGGUGUGGGUUUUGGGCUUUGUGCUGUCCUUGCCAUCAUUCUACAAUGAGGCAUUUUAUCAUAAAACAUCAAAUAAGACUAUUUGUGCAGAACGCUUCGAGACGGACCACGCCGACGAGUGGCGAGUGGCCACGCGUAUCAUCAGGCAUCUGUUGGGUUUCCUUAUCCCUCUGGUGGUCAUGUUGGUCUGCUACAGCGUGACAGUGGCGCGGCUCUUGCGUACACGCGGUUUCCAGAAGCACAGGGCCAUGAAGGUGAUCGUAGCCGUGGUGGUGGUUUUUCUUCUGUGCUGGACCCCCUUCCAUGUUUCCAUGAUGGUUGACACCCUCAUGAGGACCAAAGUGGUUCACUUCAGCUGUUUCGCACGGACAUCGGUGGACAUCGCCAUGUUCGCAACUCAAAACUUUGGGCUUCUGCAUUGCUGCGUGAACCCAGUGCUGUACGCCUUUGUGGGAGAGAAGUUCAGAAGAAGGUUUCUGCAGUUGCUCCAUAGAAAUGGACUUCUGGCUCGGAUGUCCGUCUCUAGAUCUAGUAGGUCCUCCUCUCUGACCUCAGAAGUCACUUCCAGCUUCUUGUGAGCUAAUGCCAAGCAAUGGACAUCAAAGACACUUAGUGCACCUUUCCAUGUUUGCUUGAAAUUCAACAGUGUGUUAGAGUAGGGGUGUCCUUAUGUUCCUGAAGAGCUACUUUCCAUCAAAGUGUAGCUUUAGCUCUAAUUCAAAACAUCUGAACCAGAUAAUCAAGGUCUUUAGGACUACUAGACACUUCCAUGUAGUUGUGUUGAAACUAAACUCUGCAGGAUUGCAGGAUUGGAGAUUCUAGAGGCUAAUUACCAUGAUGUUUUGGCUCCAUCUAUUGGUCAAAAACAGAAAAAUCCAUGAUUGGGUUAGAAUAGAAGGAUUUUUUUCCUUUGGCCUGUUUAUGAUUCAUCAUACAUCAUUUGCUCAUCAUGAUAAUCUUCACAAAUUCUGAAACACAAAUACAAUCAGCAGAAGUGAAAAGCUAAAGUUUGGCUAUAAAUGAACUACACCAUGGUCACAUGACCUAAACGCCACCGCCAUUCAGCUUCCGACAACUCUUUAAUGUUACGCUUAAGCAGACUAGAUCGCUUUAUAUGAUGAACAGAUUUAAUUUAGACCAUUUUUAUUCACAUAUAAUCAUUGAUCAGUGAACAUAAACUAAAGCUCAACCGAACCUGAGUAACACGUACUCGCUGAAGUGUAAACGUGAUGCGUAACAUUGGUUCUUGCACGUCAAGCGAACAUGCUUGAGCUUCUGUUUACCAUAACUGAUGUGUGAGUUGAUGAAUGUUCAUAUGUGAAUAAAAGCCUAAAUUCAUCUGAAGAUAAAUCUAAAGAUAAAGUCUUAUGGGUUGAUGAACGAA